AUGGUUGACGCAGCACAAUGCAUACCAAAAGCUGGUGGCAGUGGUAUUGCAUCAAAUGUAAUCGAUGUCAAUGUAUUUGAUUGGGAGAAUGUGCAUCAAUCGCACACAGGCACACCCAUCAUCGAUGGUUAUGUCACCUUGGACGUUGGCAAUGAAGGACUGACCAUUUUUCUACAGUUGUCCUCACCUUCAAAAGUUCGUGUAUCGCAAAUGAAUGAAGAGGUCAAAAAGUUGGAUUUUGCUAUUGGGCGACAUAGGAAAUGGGAACCUGAGCGACAGUGGAUCCUUUUGUGGAUCACGAAUCGAGAAGUAGAUAUUGAUAGUACAGCUGAUGAGCGGUUGUUGUGGGUGGACAAGGGCAGCCUCACUGGGCACUGCCCUUUGAUCGGGAACCGUGGGCUUGUUGGAUGGUAA